GUGUAGUGUGAGACUAAGUUUGUGUGAUGAAUAAUUUUUUGGUGUGUGUGUAUGUGCUAAUUAGAGAGGAUGUUACCGGUAUAAGAGGAGGCUUUGCUUUCUCUUGGAAGUAUCACGCGUUGUUGGAGAGUCAGAGAAGAUCUCGCUGCACCUCACACAUUUACUCAACAGAUCAAUAACCCCCUUCCAGCAGCCAUGAGGGGCGUAAUGGAAUCCAUGGAGUCAUUGAUAGAUCUCUUCAAUGAGUACGCUGGCGAUGACGACUGUUUGAGCAUAGAGGAGUUGCAGAAACUGGUGGAUGAGGGUCUCAAGGAGUCUGACCUUGAGGACAAACUGGAGAUUACCGAGGUCAGUGAGGUCUUUGGUCAACUGGACAAGAACGAAGACAACAAGCUCAACUUCCAGGAGUUCAUCAGAUGCAUCGGCAUGCUGGCUACAAAGUCCCGCAAAAAGCGUGGAGGCAGGGGAGGCAAAUGGGGCAAAGGGGGUGGAGGGGGCGGAGGGGGAAAGGGUGGCAGAGGGGGAAAGGGUGGCAGAGGGGGAAAGGGGGGGAGAAAAGGAAAUGAUGAUGAUGAUGAUGAAUGAUCUGUCUUCUGAUUUCUCCCAAACUGUCAUAUGUGGAUCCUCCAUGGACAUGUACUCAUGCCACUUUGCUUCGCUAUGCAACCUUGGCAUGACGGAAAUUAUAUUGAGUUUUUUUUUAUGAAUAAACCAAUGAGAACUUAA